UGUUUUCAGGCCAAGAAAGCGUAAACCGGUGGAAGACGCCACCAGCAUAUAAACCCACUACAGUGACUCCACCACCUCUCAAAUCCAACCCCGAAAAGAUUAUUCCUUUCUUCCGUCCGUCCGAAUCACUCAGCCGCUGCGCCGGGAAGGUCCAUGGCGGCGGCCCUCCGCCGUCGCGAGCUCCUCCUGUCGGAGGUCGCCGCCCUGCUGCUUCUGCUCCUCGCCGGACGCGCGGCGGCCGACGGCGCCGCCUCCCCCGGCUGCUCCAACAAGCUCCAGCCGGUUAAGGUGAAGAAGAACUGGGUGAGUGGAACCCAGGGCACGGCCGUUACUGGAAAGAGCACGACAUUCGGAGCCACCUUGCCCACAACUGUCAACGAGGCUCAGGGAACAUGCGCUGCCCUCACCUACCCUCUUGACCGCUGCUCCAAUACAGCCUCAAAGUUAACGGUUUCUGUUGCCUUACCGACAUGUGGACAGUGUGCUCUCACCGCUGAAGCGGAAACUGCACAGCCUGCUGAUGACCAAGAACUUCAUAAGACGGUUUGCAGUGUCAGUGAUCCUUCAAUUAAUGAGCCAAGUCGUCCGGUUGUGGACCCUUCACUAUGCUUCUUGUUCAUAAUGGCCGUAGGAACUAUAGUCUGCUCCUCACUCUGGGGUGAAUUCGUUGCAUGCCAACAGAUUGAUGGGCGUUAUAAUCAGCUGACAUGGCAGCAGGGACCGAAUUCUGGAACAAACAACAGACAAGAUAAACAAGUCAUUGAAAUCACCGCAAAGAGAGCUGGUUUUCAAAUUGUAAUAUGUUCAGUUUUCCUUCUCCUGUUCUACUUCAUGUCGUCUUGGGUCGCCUGGCUACUCAUUGUAUUGUUCUGCAUUGGUGGUAUUGAGGGUAUGCAUGUUUGCUUGGUGACAAUUAUCUCUAGGAUUUACAAGGAUUUGAGAAAUAAUACUGUACAAUUGCCGUUGUACGGGGAGGUCUUAACCUUGUCUCUUGGAGUGGCACCAUUCUGUACGGUAUUUGCCAUUCUAUGGGCUGCUUAUCGGCAUUCUUCGUUUGCUUGGAUAGGUCAAGACAUCCUUGGUAUCUGCUGGAUGAUAAACAUAAUUCAGAAGGAGCAUUUACCUAAUAUCAGGGUUGCAUCGGUUCUUCUUGGUGGUGCAUUUGUGUAUGACAUCUUCUGGGUCUUCAUUUCACCUCUUAUAUUCCAUGAGAGUGUUAUGCUUGCACUCCCAGGUUGCAAGUGGUGCAGCUCAGGGGAAGUGAUUCCGAUGCUCCUAAGAAUACCUCAUUUCUUUGAUCCAUUGGGUGGAUAUGCCAUGUUAGGCUUUGGUGAUAUUAUUUCCCCUGGACAUCUCAUCGCAUUCAGCUACAGAUUUGACAGGGCAGCCAAAAAAGGUAUCUUCAAUGGAUAUUUUCUAUGGCUGACCAUGGGAUAUGUUGUUGGCCUUUUCCUUGCCUGUCUUGGGUUCUUCCUAAUGGAUGGACAUGGUCAACCAGCGAUGAUGUACCUAGUACCAUGCACCCUAGGGCUUAUUGUUGUGCUUGGCUGGAUAAGAGGUGAACUGCCUCACUUGUGGAACUAUGGAAGAAGACAGGAAAAUUUAGUCGGUGAAGUUGAUAUGUGAACUUUGUAAGGUGGUUUGCAGAACAUUAUAAGAUGGUCCGCAGUGACAGUGACACCUCAAUCCCGGCCAUAAUGAUGCCACAAUCAGAGGAGGGAAGAAUCUGACGGACUUGUUGGAACAUGGAGCAAGGGAUAAGUACAUACAGUGCGACGGCCUAUGGCCCAUCUCAAAUAAGGGCUCAUUACAUCUACAUGCAUGAAUACAUUACUUUUUUUUUUACAAAACACGUCAACACAAAGGAUAACUUUGCUCAUGGAUAUUUAACUCUAUCAACCAUGAAUGAAUAGUUAAGUUAGAAUUAUGGGGUUUGGCCUGCUGCUCAUUUAUAUAUAUUUUUUUGGGAGGGGGUGGGAGGGGGCUUACCCCCCCAUAUUUAGGGGGAUCCUUGCCCUCCUUCCCCGGCAUGACACCACAAUAUAUUUGUUCAAUGGUUGCUUAUGGUUGAGUAUAUGUAUGUUAUAAUCAUCAUCUGUAUCAUUUAAUCACAGUUACAUGGUAUAUUAAGACCUCAUUUCCUAAAUAAAAUCACUUUAUAUAUAUAAUUAUAACUUAAUAAUGAUUUUCAUGAUAUGCAAUAUAUACUGAUGAAAGUAUUACUUCUACUCUAUUAUACACUCCAUUGUAUAAAAUUCGCACUAGGGCCUCCAAAAUAUUAGGGCCGGCCCAGAUCUGCUAGAACAGUUUUUAUUCUCCUUCCUGUAUUUUAUAGUUCCUAUGAGUUGGCCCUUUUAAAAAUCUCUUAUCAUAGUUUUCAUGUGAAACUGAAUGCAGAGGCUGGUACUUCAGCAUAUCGUCCAAAGACCUUUCGAAGAAGAAGGCAAGAGUCAAUUGAGGAGGAAAGGGAUAAAGAGGUUGAGAAGAGUAUAAAAAAUGACCGGAAGCUUCUUGAAAAAUGGUUCUUUGUGUUUCAUGGCUUAUUGCAACAUAUUCCCCAUAUGGGCCUUUUGAGAGUGUCACAGAUCAGUACACUGCUCUGUCCAAAUUGGUACCUUGUGGUAUGAAGCGACUGAAUGUUGCUCCUCCUCUGCUGGCAAUGAUUCUAUACAUCUUGAAGAAAGAAAAACAGGGAAGCAAGAAGAUGACUGCAGGUGGCAUGCAUAUGCAUGUUAAGAUGGUGCAGAAUCUACCAGUUGUAACCGGUGAGCUUAGAGCCGCCGUCCGUGGGCCUUGAGUACUGCAACCAGCUGAAUUUACGACGAUGAUGAUGAUGGUUGUGGACCGAUGAUGACAGGGACGGCGAGAAGUAGCUCUGUUUCCCCCCAGGCAGGUAGGAUAAGAAAGAAAAUUCAGAGGCCAUGUAUGAUGUAGUUGCUUUCAUGUGUGAUAACAGGGAAGAAAACAGGAGCAAUCAAUCCAGAAGGAAUAAGCAGAAUGUGCAGCCAGCAUGUACAGUAGACAGUAUAUGUUGCCAUCAUCGUGUCAUGUGUAUGCCACAGGCAAAAGGCAUGUCCUCAGCUAGUGUACACCAGAUCAGGCUUGUGUGGGGGUGUGUGACGCAAGUACACAAGCAAAGGAACAGGUAGUGCUUGCCAGUGAAGGGAUAAAAAGCAUAUAUAGAUACUGGUGAUGCAGCAUCACCCAUAUUUAUUCAUGAUGUGGAUUGUGACACUGGGAGCUUUUCAAAGAAAAAGAAGGAGAAAAUGAUGGGAAGAGGUCAAGAGGAGUGGUGUGGACAUGCAACUAACUGCAUCAUGUAUCAGGCAGGACAGACAGCAGCAAAAGUAAUUCAGCCUUGAGCAAAAGCAAGAAGCUGUAUGUGAAGAUUUUAGCAGCAGGUCAGGUAGAGGUAGGGACUGCUCACCAUAUAUACCACAGAGUUGUUACAGGUAGAUAAAUUCAGAGAGUCCUAAUUGUUACAGGCAUGAUUUAUUUUACUUUUUGUUGGACAAACAAGAUCAACAUUUUUUUUGGGAGGGGUGGGCCAUGCAUUGUGUUGGUUGUUGGGGAUGAUGUUAUCCGAUUGCUGAUUGGAAAACGCUAUGCUAUAUGUAUGAUGAUGAUGAUAAUGAUUAGAUUACGAAUGGUUCUGGUCGCCAUUUGUCUCA